AUGCUUUGUAUGGAUUUGUUCAAGCUUCUGCCCGUGAAAGACAAUGCUGAGCGGCCACCCGCGGAAGAGCCCAGCAGGGCCUCCACUGACGAUGCUUGGGAUGGACUGCUUCAGGAUCGACCUGAUGCUGAUGCUAGCAAUGCAAGGAGGGCUACCAAGCUGAUCUGCUUGAUUUGCAAGCGGUGCUCCAGGGACAAGGGUGUCCGGUGGGGGCAAUACAACACCUUGAAGGCUCCGAUAGGUGAUGGAUGUGCUCGAUGUUUCCGCAUAUGCUUUCAAAUCCUUUGCCUUGAGUGGUCUCAAGCCUGUGUACUCCUUGCGGAGAAAGAGGCUGUCACCACAAAGAAAUGGAAAGAAGCAGAGGCUAAUGUCAUAGCACAAGAGGAAUGGGAAGCGGAAUAUGGCAAUGACCCGGAGCUUCCACAUCCGAUCAAGACACGCUCCGGGGUGGUGAACAGCAGCUCCUUGAGCGAGUCGUUUUCGUGGGAAGUGGCAUUCAUGACAGAUGCCGACCUCUUGCGAUGGGCAGGAGCCACAGCCAAGACCCUCGGCUUGCAGCAGGACGACCGUGUGAGUGAGGACGGGACGUCAGUGUUGCGUGGAGCUUAUGUCGCCUUGCGAGAUUUGCCAUCGACCAUGAAGCUCGGUGACAUAUGGUCACUCAAGAAAGUCAAGUUCUCACUGGAUCGCAAUUUGACGGUUAGUGAGAACCUCUUGGAGUGCCAGCUUCAUGCAACACAAGCGCAAAAUGUCAAGAAAGCAGCGACCGCCAAGGUUUUGUCCAGGCGGAAUCCCGCCCUGACGCUGAGCAAGCUUGAAGCGUUGCCCACACUGGUCUCUCUGCAGGCCAAAGCACAGGCUGUGGAGGACGAAAGGAAGCAGGCAGAAGCUGCAGGGCGGUUUGGUGUGGAACCUGAUCAGCAAGUGGACCAUAAAAGAUCUGUUGGCUUGGCCCUCGGCUCCUUGGACGACGAGCCCGCUCUCCCAGCCAAGAAGCAGCGAAAGGCAGACGGCAAGGCAAAAGCUGCCCCCAAGCGAAAGCCUGGAGAGCGAGAUGGCCGUGACCGUGAGCCCAGCCCAGCCCCAUCAAUCAUCAGUGCGAGUGCCACCCAAAGGAGGCCCCCGAGCAAUUUCGAGGCCAAGACAGGCUCUGCGGCUGUCGGUGAGCCAACUUCUGAGGCCGAGAUCCUGAAGCGGCUGCCGGGUGACCCUGAGCUUCAGCGUGUCGCAAUGCGCAUGGGAAAGAUUCCAGAGAGCUUCCUCUCCCUGGUUCCGCAGCGAUUCAUGAAAGGUGAACGGCUGGGUCGCUCUUUGAGAGCAGCCAAGGCCUCAUUUGCCUCAGUGGGUUUCGAAAAAAGUCAGCCGUUAUUGUACCCGUGUGCAGCAAGCCCGGCGGCCAGUGUCGGAUCACCGUUUCCUGUAUGUUGUGUUGUCAAGAACUGA